AUGUUUCUGUUCAUCAGUGCACCUCAACAGGCUCUCGCCUGUCUCGUCUUUUCCGCUGUCUGCUGCUGUGUCCUGAUCUUUAACCGAUUCAACCGAUCGCACGGUCUACCUCCUGGACCUCGUCCUCUUCCGAUCAUCGGCAAUGCUCACCAGGUCUCGAUAGAAAGCCCAGAGAAAACAUUUGCGCAGUGGAGUAAACUAUACGGAGACGUCAUCUUCGUCCGGAUGUUCUCAAGGCCAACUCUGAUUGUGAACUCUAGGACAGCUGUGCGAGAGCUUUUAGUAAAACGGAGUGGAAAGUAUUCAGACAGGCCUCCGUCAAUACUUAUGUCCGAGCUGCUAGGAUGGAGAGAUGCUCUGCCGUUCAUGAACAUGGGUGAACGACAUAAGAAACAACGGCGAUGGAUACAUUCAACAUUCUUCGCUAGUAGCUCGCUUAAUCAGUUCACUGCGGUUCAGGCCAGAGCCGUCCGAGUGCUUCUUGUGGGACUCGCGCGGAGACCGGAGGAUUAUGCCGCUCACCUCCAUCGGUUUUCGUCCUCGCUCAUGCUGGAAGGGCUUUAUGGACAUACUGUCACUUCCGAUGAUGACGAGAACCUCAUUUAUGUUGAGACGGCUAGCCAAGGAACUUCGGAGAUCGCAACCCCAGGUGCUGCAAUUGUAGACUUCCUGCCUUUCUUGCGAUGGGUUCCAACGUGGCUUCCCGGUGCAGACUUCAAGAGGAAGGCAGCCAAGGCAAAUGUCGCUAUUCACAUGGCACACAUCAACCCAUACGAGCUAGUUGAGAGACUCAUGGCUGCAGGCGAAGACAAGCCUUCACUCGUGAAAUCUCUUAUAGAAGAGUAUACAUCGAAGGGCACGCUAGCCACUGAACGACAGGAUAUCAUGAGUAUCGGAGCCAUCAGUUAUGUUGCCAUCGUUCUAUAUCCCGAAGCUUUACGCAAAGCUCAAGACGAAAUUGAUCGUGUCGUGGGCAAUGAUCGCAUACCAGACCUUUGCGACAGGAACUCGCUGCCGUAUCUAGACUGCAUGCUGAGAGAGGUAUACCGUUGGCAUUGCCCUGGGCCAUUAGGUGCCUAUCAUGUCACGCGUAUCCCGCAUGCGCUAAGUGAAGAAGACGAGUACCGGGGUUACAAAAUCCCAAAGGGUUGCAUAAUAAUACCUAACAUGUGGUUCAUGACUCGGGAUGCAGAGCUCUAUCCAGAACCGGAGGUGUUCCGGCCAGAGCGCUUCUGGGGCCUAUCUGAAGAAGAAAUGGAGGACAUGUGUCCUCGUAACAUCAUUUUUGGUUAUGGCAGGCGGAUUUGCCCUGGCCGCCGAUUCGCUGAUACGAGUAUUUGGCUAUCCAUGGCUGCUAUCGUCGCCACCUUGGAUGUUGAAAAGGCCCGUACUGCAUUAGGCGAAGAAAUAACUCCCUCGCAGUCCUUCAUUCCCGGGGCAGUUCGGUAG